UCGUGUUUACGGACAUAGUGAAAGUGACAUAUAAGUGAUAGUUGUGCGCAGUUGUUCUUCAUUUGGACCAAAUCAAUGAUAUCAAAUAUGAAAAUGGACAUUUUUGUGUUACUGUUUUGGUUUGCCUUACCAUACUUUUGCAUCUUUGUCGAAGGUCAUCGCUAUUACGUUUCGGAACAGGAAACACAAUGGGGACACUGCAACUGCACCCUGACUCUCCCAACGCUUGAUUUCAAAGAGCUUGGUAUCUUUGCUGAAACAGAUCAUUAUGAAAAUUUGUCAUUGCCUGAAAAGGGUUUAUGGAUUGGUUUAUUCCAAGCUCAGCUCAGUUUUUCAUAUGUCGGUUGCUCUAAAAUGAAUAAUAGCGGCGCUCACAUCGUGCAAAAUAUAAGUGAGUGCAGAUGGAAGAGUCACUGCAAUACAUUUGCAAUAAGGAAAAUAGACAAUGAGGACAUCGAAUGCAAGUGUUUUGACAUUUCCGUUUUUGCUGGAGAAACGGAAUGCACAUCAACAUGCAUGUCAGCUUCAGCGGAUAAAUAUACAUGCGGCCAACAAGGACAACAAUAUUUCUCCGUGUACACAGUGGAAAACGUUCCGGUUUCACAGUGCCUAGAUCCCUGUUACACUGGAAAAACAAACUGCCUUGGAUAUAACAACAAACUACUUUCGUGGAUACCUUGCAAUGGAAGGUUGAAACGAAACAUUUAUUGCAGCGAUCAGCCUUUUUAUGCCACGGAUGCAAAACUUAAUGUGGUUAAUGCCGGGAACAAGUCCUGGGAAAGGGCUGGAGAAAAAUGCUUUGAACAAAACCACUAUCCAGCAACGUUCAGACACAUCGACUCUUCGAAAAUCUCAGAGGCAAAAUUGAAAAGGUUUCAAUGGACUGGAGUAAUCCGGAUAAAUUCGCUACUAAGAUUGGACGAAAAGACCACCACCUUUGAACCAAUACAGUAUGCAUAUGUCACACUGGAUGAUAUGAAAGUGAGGUUCGAAGACAAUGGCACGAUAAAAAGGAACAGUCUUUGUGAGACUCCUGAUUUGAUCAGAACAACUGUUGCUUCACCAGAUAUUCAUUCGACAUCAACAUCUAAACGUACGGAAAUGACAACACAAGAUAAGGCUAAGAGAGUUGAAACACAAAUUCCGACUACGGGGAUAUCUGCUGGCGUUUCAUCUGCCGUCGUUUUAGUGAUAUUAAUCGUCAUUAUCAUCCUACUGUGGAAGAGGGGAGCGCUAGGUUGUUUUAAGGGUGAUACAAAGACACAACCAAAUAAGGAAACUCCAGUGCAGUACAUAGAUACAGAGUUAACCGAGCCACAAACACGUGACCAUUCAAAGCCAUAUCAUAAUCAAGAUUAUUCUAUGAAUGAAGAAUUGCCAAUUUCGACUAAAAACAAUUAUUCAGGAAAACAACAAAGGAUGGACGAUAAUGUGGACGUUAACAAGGUGUUGAACACUGACAGAAAUCCACACAAAAAUCAACAAAUUGCUUAUGUACACAACAACACCAAUCACGCACUGGACGAAUAUGACCAUCUUAACCAAUCAGGCUUCCCAGACCACGUUAUUUCUCAACCAAUAAACGACUAUGACUCCACGACCACCGCAAUAGGUAACUCCCACGAGGAUACAUAUAACCAUUUGAAUGAACGUCCAAAUCAAAGACUGUAUACGGAGAAGAUCUACGGAGUACAGGACAAAAUCAAAACUACAGACAUCUAUAACCAACUGAAUGAACGACCCGAGCAGAAACACAUAAUGGAAGACAUGUAUGGACUGCAUGGCGAAUACGAAACCGAAAAUGAAUAUGAUAUUACCGUUGAUACACCAGUCAAGUGCAAAGACACAUCAGAGAAAGCUAAUAUUAUUAACUAUGACAUUAUAAACAUAAAUGGUAAAGAUACAAUGUAGUCGUAAUACAUAUCGUCUAAUGUCUUUUACAAAUUGUGUGCGACAUUGUGCUACAUCCAUGAAUUGUGACUACAAAAGCGGUUUCGUACAUGUACACGUUUAGUAUAACCUUGUUAACAAUGCAUAUCCUACUUGAAUAAAAAAACAGUUUCCUUGUGCAAACAAGUUAUCCAUAUCAAAAGUAUGCAUAUUUGCUAAUGUGUUAACCACAUGUUUGUCAGGCUUCAAUAUUUCGAGCAAACUUCAAACGUUUCAACA